CUAAGUUUUCUACGAAUCGAAAACACUUUACAUUACCGUGCACUCACGCGCAUGCGUACUGUUCUCCAGUUCUUUUGAAUGUGACAGGUGCAAGACGUUCAUUGGACGAUCGCUUGCGGCAUAGCCCCGCCCCUUAGCAAUAAGCCACCGGCUCGUUGCGAUUGGUUGCUAUGUAAACAUUUCGGCGCAAGAUGGCAGCUCCCAUGAAAGUGGCGAGAAGUUGUCAGCACUACGUGGGCGAUGUGAAGAAACAGCUGCGGCACGGUUAUGGUGUUUAUGUUUAUGAAAAUUCAUUUUUCCGUUAUGAUGGUGAAUGGAAGGAUGGUAAAAAACACGGUCACGGGAAGCUUUUAUUUAGAGAUGGAAGCUACUACGAAGGGGAAUUUGUGCACGGAGAAAUUACUGGCAAUGGACUGCGUUACUGGGCAGCCCUGGGGAAUACAUAUUCUGGAGAGUUUCAGGAUGGAGAACUUCAUGGGCAUGGAGUAAUGAAAUAUAAAGAUGGCGGAAGAUAUGAAGGCGAGUUUGUGUUCGGGAUAAGAGAAGGACAUGGUUUACUGGUAGACAAAGAAGGACAGACGUACUCAGGAGCUUUCCACAACAACAAAAAACAUGGAGAUGGACAGAUGACAUUUCAAAACGGGGACCAUUAUGAGGGCAACUGGGUCCUGGACCAACGUCAAGGACAUGGUGUUCUGCACUGUGUAGAUGGGACAAUUUAUGAGGAUUCAGCAGCCAGCAGGGGCGACCCAACAGGGGACUCCAAAGAAAACCUGCUUUACCUCUACCACUUUCCAAAACAGGGCCAGUGGCGGAAUGACGUCUUCAGUGGACAAGGGACCAUGAUUCAUUGCUCCGGAGUAAUUUAUGAUGGCCCAUGGAUCAAUGGCCGUCCUGCUGAUGUUGCUAAGAAGAUAACUAUCCUGGGAGAAGACGUAAAAGAAGUUGUCCAAGGAUCUCCUGCCACAUUUCAUGUACAGCUGAUGAAAGAAGAUGGGAUAAUCGCUGAAAAUGAAAAUGGGCGCGUCUUGAGAAUCAGUGCUGGAAUAAAGCAUAUACCAUCUGCUAAAUCUCAAGCUACCAGCAUUUUAGAAUUAAUUGAAGAUUUUGAAGAAAAGCCAAUCCAGACGCCAUUUGGUUAUGAAUGUAUAAAUUAUCCUCUUUCAUAUAAAACUGAAGAAAAGCAACCACAGGACAUUACUGAUCCAUCAUUAUUAAACCAUACUGAAGUGGAGUCAUCAGACCAUGAGCUACUCCACCAGCCAGGAGGACAUCCUUCCGAUAGGCAAGAUGAAUAUCCCAAGAUCUCAAUAAGUGAUGAAGACGCCUCUCUUCCUCCGCCAAACAAAAGAGUAGAAAUGGGCCGAGUGUCUUUUGAAGGUGUAGUGUUUGUCCCACCUCCCUCCAGAUUCCUCCAUUAUUUCGAGUAUAAUGACAAGACUCCAAAAAAAACAAGCGGAAAACUAACUGGGGAAAAAACUGAGAAAAUGACAGUCUCACAGGAGAAGAUUGAAGACAGCAGAUCUGAUAUCCAGAAUAAAGAACGUAAGGGUAAGCGGGAAAACCUGAUGGUGGACAACAGUAACAUUGCCAGAACAGGAGAGUACGUAGUGAUGGUUGAAGACAUUACCAGUCCACCAUUCCUGGGUCACGCUCUACCAACUGCUUUUAAACUCGUAAGAAUUGUUCCUGAAAAGUCAAAAGGAAAAAUUGAUCGGAAAUCUGCAAUGCUGCACGCUCCCACUGCGAACUAAGUAACAUUAUUUUUCACAUGUUUUUAUUCUUUUAUACAUUUGUUUACUAUCUAGGAUUAAAUACAACAUUUC